AUGUAUACAUAUAUAACAUAUUUGAAUAUAUAUUUCAUAAAAAUACGUAUGAUGAUGAACCCUACAUUAGGAAAACCAGAAGAGGAUUUGGCUGUCUAUGAUUAUACAGACAUUUCAAUGAAUGUGUGUCUUAAAAAAUAUGAAUAUAUAUUUGAUCCUUGGACAAAUGAUUCAAGGUAUUUAUAUUCUAAUGAAAAUAUGCAAAAUGAAAUAGAAGCCUUAAAUGAGUUAAUGAAAUCUAAAGUAUCCCUAGUUUGCGCAUUUUUUAACCCGGCCUUUUCAUAUUUAUUUAUGACUAUUGGUUUUAUAGGAAUGUUUGUUUUUUAUAAAAUGAAAAAUGACCUUUCUAUGGGAUUUAUAUUUGCAUGUAUCUUUUUAGUUUCAUUCUCCCAUUAUAUUAUGUGUAUUAUCUGUAGUUAUAUAAUAACCAAGGAUGUUAUAAAAUCAGUAGAAACAAGAAUAAAGUCAUUAAAUAUAAAAUAUAAAAAAGAAAAAAUAUAUUUUAAAUUAAUAAACCUUAGUAGCUUCGGUUUAAAAUAUUUGAAACUCUUUACUUUAUCAAAAGGACAAGCAUAUUUUACUUUAAGGGUUAUAUAUAAGUAUUGCAAAAUUAUAUGA